ACGAACCCGGUCAGAGAGUCUGGCUUUCAGCCAAGAACUUACAUCUCAAGGUCACAUCAAGGAAACUGGCACCACGCUUUGUAGGUCCAUUCCCAAUUACCAAGCUCGUCGGACCUGCAGCGGUUCGGCUUCGUCUGCCCCGAUCCCUCCGCGUCCAUCCCACCUUCCACGUCAGUCAGGUCGAACCAGCCAAAGAAAGCACCAUGGUCCCAGCCACCACGUCCCCUCCACCACCCGAAGUAAUUGAAGGUGGACCAGUAUACAAAGUUAAACGCUUGUUGGCAGUGCGCAACCGGGGUCGGGGCAGACAAUUCCUGGUGGAUUGGGAAGGAUACGGACCUGAAGAGAGACAGUGGGUUCCUUCCCGCCACAUUGUCGACCCCACUCUCAUCAGGGACUUCUACAGAGACCACCCCGAACAGUCUGGGCCGUCCGGAGUCGGCCAUAGAGGGGGGGGUACUGUCACACCGCCACUUGCCCUUCCUCCUGUGUCACUGGUCUGAUGUCUCUCCUGAUUGCCGGAUUGUGCCCACCUGUGUCAGGCUUCUCAAAUACUUUAUACAUACUUUCUGUUUAUAGCGU